GUGCGCGAGAGCAAGUGAGCGAGAGUGUGGCAGAGGGAGAGAGAGAGAGACAGACACAGAGAGAGAGAGAAGGAAGGAGAGAACGAAUCAACCUGCCUCUUUUCACACAACAACGGGAUGGGGAGAGCCUGCUCCUAAGCCCGGCUGACCACAGAGGAUUUUUUUUUUAUUUCCGCGCGUUUUACUGCGGGGAAGGGAGCGAAGGAGAGAGAGACGGAGUAGGAGAGGGAGAGAGAGAGAGAGAGAGAGAGAGAGAGAGACGCUGCCGGCAGGAACCCGAAGCGUGGAGGGGAAACAAAAGCAGCCUCUGACCGCGGAGUGUGCGAGAGGGUGAGAGAGAGCGAGAGAGAGAGAAGGGGGGAGAUAGAUAAGCGGAGAAAUGCUGUCAAGGGGAGAAGGGGGGAGGGAGCGACCAAGAGGAACGGGAUGAAAGAAGGCUGGGUUGAGCUGGAGAUGAGAUGAGAUGUGGAGGCAGUCAUUGACACGCACCAAAGCACACCUGAAACUCCUGAGAGCCCAUGGAGAAGCUGACACAGAGGGAUCCUCACCUCCCAGCACGCUGCAUCAACCUCUAGAACCGGUCACUUCUGCUUUUCCUCGGUUCCUCAUGUGUGGUUUCUCCAGGAACACCACACAGUUACCUCCCCCAGAGACCAGAGCGGAUCUAUGCUCACGAAUGGAGACUCAGACUUCACAAUGAGCAGAGCUCUGAGCCGAAAAACAGAAGACAGCAUUAUCUAAAGGUCACCUUGAGAGGGGACUGCUGUUACUUUGAACAAUCUGAGGGUCCCAAAGGACAGUCACACAGCCACUGCUACAUGGCACAUGAGAGACGCGUGUCCGUGUGCAGCAUUUGAUCGUCAGCUCCAGUGCAAACUCGCAGAGCAGAGAGACCAAGCUGAGAUUUAUACUGUAGUAGUGACCACACAAAGGUUCUAAAACUGAGGCCUUUCAAUAUCCUCGGACUGGCCGCCAUGCAGUCAGACGACCUCUUCAUCCGCAAGCUCCGCCGGCAGAGCCCGCGGCCACCGCUGGCCACUGUCACCUUCGAUCCGAAGCGCGACAGCAGCGGGAUCCGGACGCGGGUGGUGGCCGAGUGGCCUCCUCGGCGGGACGGUGAGGGCACGGAAGGCGAGGGCGUGACACCGAGCCGUGCGCUCAACCUGCGUUCAACCUGCCGCAGCCACAUCAUGCAGCGCAGCAACAGCGACGUGACGCUGGGGGACCUGGACUCAGCCGGGAAGUCGUGCGGGAAAGCGGCACGAGCGGCCGGGGGUGAGAAAGCUGGCUCGGGAGCAUCGGGCGACUCGUCGGUGGUGCUCCACCGCGAGUACGGCAGCCUGUCAUCAUUGGAGAGGCAGAUGCGGGGGCUCCAAAUGCAGGGGCUCCACGGGGACGAGCACGGACCCCUCAGCCCAAGUGCCGAACGCUUCAAGGACCCGCUGCUGCUGCUGGGCUUGCAGCCUGUACCGACAGAAACCGACGGCGCAAGCUUGUCCACUGCAGCUUGCGGGGAGCCCCCUAAACCGGCCAAGCCCCCAAAGCCAGACGGGCUGAAUAAGCGUCCCAAGCCCAGCCACGCGUCCCUCCUGCCCCCGCCCGGGGUGUGCGACAACAUGGCCGGUGGCUCAUGGGUGCGGAACUUCGCCCACUACGACGUCCAGAGCAUCCUCUUCGACAUGUCCGAGGUGGCCUCCAACCGCGACAGCAUCGGCCGCAAGAAGAACAUCACCUCGGGCGCAUCAGCUGCAUCGCAGCUGCGGCCUCUCAGCCAGCCAGCCCCAGCGUCGCCCUCGCAAGGCAGCGGAACUGGAAACAGUGGCGGGUGCGGGACGAUGGGCAGCAACAGCAGCGAGGACGCCGAUCUGUUGGGCCUGCUGAUGGACGAGGGUGACGGCAACGACAACGAGCUGCUGCUCAGCUGCCCGCACUUCCGCAACGAGGUGGGCGGUGAGGAGCAGGUGGGGCUUGGCAGGACGAGGGGCCGCUGGGGCCCGUGGCGGAGCCUGCUGAGCCCCAACGACGCUGUGUCCGUGCUGGAGGAGCCGCGCGAGAGCCAUGUGCAGCAGCAGGUCAAGAGCAACUACUUUAUCGAGCACGCCGAUCUGGGAGCACGCUACUACCACAAGUACUUCUACAUGAAAGAUCACCAGAACUUCUUUGGCGUGGAUGAUCGGCUUGGCCCAGUGGCCAUCAGCUUCAGACGGGAAGAGAAGGAGGGUUCCAGUGGAGCCCAGUAUAACUACAGGAUCAUCUUUCGCACCACUGAGCUGAAGACAUUGCGCGGCUCAAUCCUGGAGGAGUCUGUUCCCUCAUCGGCACGGCACACAACUCCUCGCGGCCUUUCACCCAAGAGGCUGCUGGAGUUCAUUAUCCCCGAGCUCAACCUGCACUGCCUGCGGCUGGCCUCCACGUCGCCCAAAGUCCGAGACACGCUGCUGAAACUCGAUGAGCAGGGCUUAAAUUUCCAGAGAAAGGUGGGGAUAAUGUAUUGCAAAGCAGGACAAAGCUCGGAGGAGGAUAUGUACAACAACGAAAGUGCAGGGCCGGCCUUCGAGGAGUUCCUGGACCUGCUGGGAGAUCGAGUUCGACUGAAGGGCUGGGAGAAGUAUCGGGCCCAACUGGACACCAAGACCGACUCCACGGGAACCCACUCACUCUACACGCGCUACCAGGACUAUGAGAUCAUGUUCCAUGUCUCCACCAUGCUUCCCUACACACCCAACAACACGCAGCAGUUGCUGAGGAAGAGGCACAUUGGCAACGACAUUGUGACCAUAGUCUUCCAGGAGCCUGGAGCCUUGCCUUUCACUCCCAAAGCCAUCCGGUCACACUUCCAGCACGUCUUCAUCAUCAUCCAGGUCCACGAGCCCUGCACAGAAAACACCUAUUACAGGGUCGCUGUGACGCGCUCCAAGGACAUCCCACUGUUCGGUCCGCUGUUUCCCAAGGGUGCUCGCUUCCCGCGCUCACCAGCCUUCCGCAACUUCCUGCUGGCCAAGGUGGUGAACGCGGAGAACGGCGCCGAGAAAUCGGAGAAGUUCCGCUCCAUGGCCACGCGCACGCGCCAGGAGUACCUGAAGGACCUGGCGGAGAACUACGUCACAACCACGCCCAUUGACUCCUCCACCAAGUUCCCGCUGCUGUCGCUGGGCGGCAAACGCAAGGACAAGAGCAAGGGGGCGAAAGGCGCGGAGCUCCACAGCGCGGGGGCCCUGGUGUGGGCAGUGACAGCCGGGCAGGCUGGUGGGGUCAUCGGAGAGCUGGACUGUCCGCGGCUCCCGUGCCUGCUUGGCGUCUCGGCCGAGUCGGUGGUGCUGAUCGAGCGCUGCUCGCGUCGCGUGGUCUUUAAUAGCUGCUGCCGCGAUGUCAUUGGCUGGAAGGCGGUGACAGAGAGUGGGGCCAAGAGCGGCCCCUCACUCGACAUCUUCUACGAGAGGGGCGAGUCGGUGUCGAUAAGCGUCCCGGAGAGCCAGGUGGAGGACAUCAAAGAGAUCGUGCAGCGACUGGAGCUGGUGACCCGGGGCUGUGAGGCGCGGGAGGUGAUCCCACUGCGUGACGGCGUGGGCCAGCCGGGCUUCCUGAUGACGGAGGAGGGCUUCGUGACGGAGCUGCAGCCCUUCGGCUACGCCGAGAGCGGCGGACUGCAGCGGGGCGCGCGCGUGGUGCGCUUGUGCGGACAGCCCCUUGUGCACCUGGGCCCAGAGGAGCGCAGCCGCCUGCUGCGCACCGCGCACAAGAUCCACAUUACCGUCAUCCCACCUGACGAGAACGGCAAGCCCCGCAGGAGCUUCUCUGAGUUGUACCAGAAGGCGAUCCAGGACGCCGAGGCCAAGUCCGGUGAGGGCCAGUCAGGUGAGGCCUGGGUGCUGGACGAGCGAGAGGAUGAGGAUGAGGAGGAGGAGGAGGAGGAGGAGGAGGAGGAGGAGGAAGAGGAGCAGACGGUGGGCGAGAGGGUGCAAGGAGAGGGCAAGGAAGCCGAGCCAGCGGAUCAAGUGGACGGGACGGACGGCAGCAGCGGUGCGGUCCCACGGCCCGGCCCCACAGGCAUGGACCUGACCAGCGGUGAGGGAGCCCCCGGGUCCCUGCUCUCCCCACCCAGCCUACCCCUCCUGAGGGCCACCUCCCUGCAGGACCAGCCCCUACCCCCGGCCCCAGAGAUCACCCCCUCCGCUCUGACGCGCAGCUACUCCCUGGAGAGACACCCACCCGGCCAGGACCUGCUUGACGGGCAUGUGUAUGACAACGUAGCCGUGAAGGUGGACAGGCACAUCUACGAGAACCCUGGGGAGCUGAUGGAUGCCACGCCUGACCUCAUCCUGGCUGUCAAACCCAAGAUGACUCUGGAGGAGGACGGACAGCAGAAACAGUUUGGCUUGGAUGAGCUGAACGAGGAGAAGGCGUCGGCCAGCAAGCCCACUGCCCGCUCCGAGUGCAUGGACCGAGCCGAGCGCAACUCCAGAGCCAUGAGCCUGCACAACUCCAUCACUAAGAUUCUUUCAGAGACAACAGACUCUACUGAAGAGGAAUGGCAGUCCAUUUCUGACUUGGCCACAGCCUGUCGAAGCAUCCUGGAGGCGUUGUCAAGAGAAGACCGGAAUCCAGGAGAUGGAAGCCAGGCCUCCGCUGAAGCUCACAGUCUGACCGGGCAGUCCGAUGCCAAGCUGAGGGACGUCAAAGAUAGUGACUCUCCUGGCCACCUUGAGGAGAAGGUGUCCCAGCUGGAGGACAUGCUGAAACGGCUGCAGGAUGACCUCCAAAAGGAGAAGGAGGACAAGGCAGUGCUGCAGGCAGAGGUGCAGAGUCUCAGGCAGAACAACCAGCGGCUGCAGGAGGAGUCCCAGAGCACCGUGGCGCGCCUCAUCAAAGUCACCGAGCUCUUGUGCAAUGUCAACAAGCCCUGCUAGCCUCGCUGCCGCUGCCGCCGCGGCAACCGCUGCCACAGGGACCCCUCCCAAUCCAGCAGCCUGCUUCCCAGGACCUACUUCCAUAGGCCCACACUGAUACACACACACACACACACACACACACACACAUACGAGUGCAGUCAGUGCACGUUAAACAAUACAAAACAAAACAAAAUAAAAACUGCUAGACUUGCUUAGCCCAGCAAUCCACCAACCAACCAACCAAACAAGCAACUAAACAACCAAACUAUUCACAUAGCUCUAGCAGGCCCAGGUGGCGGUUGACUCUGAAACGAUUCCAAAUGAGUCAAGUCCUGACCUGCGCCAGGUCUGGGCCAGAUUAGUGUCGCAACCCGAAACCAUCUGGGAUGCAUGGAGAUGCAGUGUGCAGUGUGCUGUCCUACUUUCAGACAGCUCAUAAAUGCCUGCCCAGAAGUGUCUCACUCCCCUUACUAGGCAGCCUCCAUCCUUUAUAUCUCUUCAAACCCAUGAACACAAAAACGCAUGUAUAUAUAUACUCACCGUCGUAGGGAAGGUUCUUAGUGCAGACCACAGGCUCGCAGUAGAUUAUCAGUCUCAAUUAAAGUAUUUACAGAUGGGACCUCACAUAUUUAUUACACUUACAUCAAUUGACAAAAAAAAUAGAGUUGGGAACAAUGCAUUAGCAUUCUAAUACAUGCUAUAUCAGUACAUAGGUAAUAUAUUAUGUCCUGCUACAGAAUGGAGACCGUUUAUUCUAUUCCGUCCGCUCAGUCCAGUCCAUUCAAGAACAUUUGAAUCCCUGUUGCUGAUUGUUUAAACGGGCAGGGACAGGUUGAGGGAGGUUUCUUAUUUCAAAUAAGUAAUGUGUACAGGUGUUUACGUAUGGGUUACGUGUGUCCUGGGACCAUAGUACUUAUCGGCCCACAUUACAGACCAGUGGGGCAGAAUAGCAUUUGUUCCUUGAGAAACUGAGGGGAACACAUUGCCAGCAAAGCCAAACAAAUAGGAAAAUCGGAGCUGACAGCAGUUGCUGAACAGGUCUCUUGUACAGUAUUGGUGUGCCUGAUGGGUAUUGACUCUAAAGUGGAGCUGAAAACAAAACUCAUUUACAGCGGGCCCCCGAGCCCUUGCAGAUGCCUGGCUUCCCCUUUACCUGUCCAAUCACAACUAGGACUUGUCAUUUCCUUUCCCUCUGCGCACGUCAGCCUAAAUAUGCAACGACUCGGCCUGAGGUGAGGAGCGUUCUGCCCUGACCGAAGGUGUCCGGUGUCUUCUGCUCACAUUAAUACACAAUCACACACACACACACACACACACACACUCUCUCUCUCUCACAAACACACAGGAACACAGCCUAUGCUGAAGAGACAACAGUGAGGUGUAGCUGGAGGGACAGUGGCUCUCCCACUCUCUUGUAUGAACAUGGUGCUGUUCUGGACAGACUUGUUCACUCGCCCCUGCUUUUCGUGGGAACUCUAGCAAUGGACUGACUCGACCAAACCAUGUACCAACUACCAAAUCCUCUCUCCUCUGGCCUCUGCUACAGACCACACCAUGAGUGUGUGUGUGUGACUGUGUAUGUGUGUGAGUGAGUGUGUGCUUUGGGUAGGAGGGGGAUGCUACCCAUAUGGGUCAGGGGAGAAACAUUUCAAAAGGGAUCGAUUGACUCAUGGAGAGUACUGGCUCUUUGGGGUUGGGAUGUGAAGGGGAACCCUGCCUGCGUCACUGCGGAGAUGGGAGUACAGGGGCCUCAACAGGGACUCUCUUUGUGCAGCCCUUGUGCCUGCCAAUAUCGCCCCCGGUGGACACAAGGGGAAUCGCCAAACACAGCCAUUUUGCUGCAGGACCGCAACAAAAAGAAAUGUACUGUAAAGGGAAAUGACUUGAAAUUGUGUGGUAUUUCUUCAAAUGAACAAUUUAACUGAGCCAUUUUUUAUUAUUAUGAGUGUCAUUAUGUUUGCGCUCCUCCUUAAAGGGACAUUUUAUUGUAAAAGGAACUCAAAAGUCUGUUAUUUUAUGCCUAAGAAGCACCGCACUUGAAAAGAAGCUGAAGAGAGUGGAAGGUGUUUUUCCCGUGAUGGUCUGCUGGUUGGUCUGCGUUUGUUUUUGCUCACACUAGCAUUGCCUUCAUUUGGUUAUAUGAACACAGUACAUGUGUGGCUUUACCCAUUUUGCUUUUUGUCUUUUUGCUUUUGCCUUGUUGAAAAAUGAGUGGAUUCUCACCCCUUACCUCACCUUCAGGUUCAGUGCGAGGGGGUAUUUGGGGGAAAGUGUGUGUAUGUGGGGGGGUGGGGGGGGGUAGAUAAGUGUCAGAUGGUGGAGCCGAUGGUGUACUCGCCCCCCUGGUUCAUUUACCCUCAUCCCCAGAUAUCCUGCCUGCAGAUGCCAGGGUAUUUCACCCCUACUCACACACCCUGGCUGAGCCAGCACAUACAUACACACACACACACACACACAUAUUGGCACACACACACAUACAUGUAUAGACACACACCAUCACAAUCCAUGAUACAGCUACUCACAAUCUCUGAAAGGGAUUGCAAGCAAAUGCUGAGUAAUAAUGAAAUAUCAGUGUAUACUAUAUGUUGUAAAUAAGUCUUUUACUUCCUCUUGUUGUAAAUAAGUCUUUUACUUCCUCUUGUCAUUUUUAAGUUUAUUUUUGAGUCACUGUGAUUAACUGGUACCAGCAGAAUAAGAUAAAAUAUUACGAUUAAAUUAUAAAAUCUAUAUCUUUAUCUCUAUGUGAAGACAUGUACAGCUGAAUGGCUCUGUGUGAUGAGUAGUACACUCCAGUUGCGCACGCCCUCCAAAGCAAGGCAUUUGUGCAGAUAUGUGCUCAAACUAAUUUGAUUGAAAUUGUCGCAGAACGUGAUGCUUAGUUGGGUUUAAUUAGUGAAAUGGCCUUGUACAAGAUUUCUAUUAUGUUUGACUUUGUGCUGUAUAGUUACAUAGAUUGUAGGAGGUUGUUUUAAGCACGAGAAUGCACCAAGCAACUUCCGGGUUUCCCCUUCUGUAUGUGUGUAUGUAUGUAAAAAAAUGUAAUAACUUAUUAAUCUUGCAAAUGUGGAACUCCUUGUUAGAUGUCUUAGUGCUGAAGGGAAGGCUCAGCAAAUCAAUGUGCAACUGAACUGAAAGUUAUAGGAAGUUUCUGUUUGUGUUCCUCCUGGAGAUAUUAGUUUGCAAAAGUCACAUACUGUAAGUUAAAUAUGUCACUUGCAAAAGACAUAAGAAAACUGUUAAACUAUGUUUGAAUAUAGUACAUUAUUUUACAUUAGUAGUGAUAAUAUAAAUGAUUAUAAACCUUUUGAGCUUUCCAUUCAAUGCUCAGAACCCAUGUUAUCACAAAGAUCUUGUAUGUCGUGAGGUAUGCCUUAAUGGAUAAACCUUGGAUUUUCCCCCAAGAGGUUGGGGAAGAUUCAUCACCUAUGGGAAAAUGUGAAGGCUUAACUCUUAGAUUUUGUGCCUACUUUAUUAACAAUUUAUGGGGUUCUAUUCAUGCUUAGUUUUUCAUUUAAAUUUCAUGGCAUUUCAAAUUGUCUCCUGAUGUACAGAUGCUCUUUCAUAAAAAUGAUGACACCAAGCGACUCAAUGAAGGAGUUUUCCAACGUUUUCUAGAGUCUUCCAUUCUGUGUCAUGACAAGAGUUGGCCUCUUCUUGGGACAGAAGGCCUGUCAAAUUGUUGCUUGGAUAUUUCAAGAUUGUGUUUAUCUCAUUGUUGAUAACCAUGCAUUUAAACCAGUCACAAACAUCCUGUUUAAGCUAUGUUUGACUUUUUGGAGCGUUUUAGACUUUUUGAUUCAGUGUUGUCAUGUUAUGCUAUUACAGAUUGUCAUAUGAUUCAGUGUGAUCUGUGCAAAACAACAAACAUUUGCAUUUUGUGCACUUUAAAAGUCCAUAGGUGAUGAAAUGCCACUUAGUAUGGAAGUGUGAACGCUGCAAGCAGCAAGCAGAGGAAUCGAAACCACAGAACAAUCUCUCAGUAACUCUGCCCUACUCUCAGAGCGGGUAUAAAGUCUUAUCUCAGAUCCGAUUUAUACGCCCCACGACCAACUGACCCCAAACUCCGCUCCUUAAAGUGUCUGGUUUAAUGUUUUCCUUCUUCACACAUCAUGUGUCAGUUUGUGUUGGUUGUUUCUUUUUCUGUCAUUCUCCCUCUUCUUCAACUGCUCUCACCUCACAGUUUGUUACAGGAACUCCUCAUACUCCUCAUUGAGUGUAGUACCUCAGCAUAAGACAGAGAAGCUUCUCAGUAGUCACACGCAGAAGACGAUGAUGAUGGUGAUGAUUAUGGUUGUGGUCAUGAGGAUACAUCCACCAAGCCUGUGCUCCUGGAGGGAGGAGCAAUAUCAUCACAUGGGCUGUUGUGACAUGUGCAGUUGUGCAGGUUUGCAUAGGGGGGCAGAGGCAUAGUUAAAUAAGCUUGGGGGGGGUGUUAGACAGUGCUGAGGAUGCCUUGGUCACAUUGAGUGGCACCCAUACCACCCAAACACACACAGACACUUACAAACAAACACAUGCACACACACACGUACAGUCAUACACAGCACUGCACAAUACUCUGCCAUGUACUCAGUCGUGAGGCCUGCAGCACAGUGAAGGAGACCAGGUUCACAGGCUGUGGAUCUGACAACAGUAUCAAACCUCUCCAGUUAGUCUUCUGUAUGUCUGCGCAGAUGAGGAAAGCGUUGGAAGUGUUGUUCAUGUAUUUGACUGGAGGGCUCCUGGCAAUAAAAACAAUCCUGUAUCUGUACAAAUA